AUGUCAACUCAACUAGCAAAUAUAUUAAAGUCAUUCAGUAAGCUAAGUGUUGGCUCAUUGCAACAAACUUUGAAACAUUUCAAUCCAAAGGAUGAAGCGAUCAUCUUGUCUGCUGAGCAACCAGAGCUGACUUCAAUGGUCAAGUCAGUGAUCUGCACUCAGACCUACUCAUUCAUGGAGGACAUGGAGAAGUUCACAGAGAUCUUUGCAUCUGGAUUCGGAUGUCCCAAAGCCGACGUCUUGAAGAAGCUCGAGAUCAACGGUCUCUACAACUCGCUCGAGAAACUCAGUCAAGAAGAUCUGACGCAAGUGUUCAAGUUGCUCUCACUCCAAGAGACCUCCGAGCAAGACUUGCCACGCCAAGAGAUGAUUGGAAAGAUCGAGGAGGAGUGCUUCCUUCAGGGUGUCAACAAGCUGCUGAUAAAGAUGUGCGAGGGUGGCUCCGAAGUGCUCAAGUCGUACUGCAAAGACUUGAAGAUGAAUUAUAUCGAGAACGACGACUCAAAGAAUGCAGAGGAGGUGAUGAAGUCAAUGUUUGAUCUCGAGUCUGACUUGGUCAAUGACGAAGACGCCCAGGAGGAAGAGGAAGCUGCUCCUGCGCCAUCCAAGAAGCCAGCCGCCAAAGAGAAGCCAGCCAAGAAGUCUGCCGGCGCCAAGAAGCCAGCGGCACCAAAGAAGGCACCAAACAAGAAGCCGGCAGCUGCCAAGCCCGCCGCUGCUGUCGAAUCGGAGGUUGAAGAGUCUGAAGAGGAGGCACCAGCACCCGCCACCGCAAAAUCCAAGCCACCCGCCAAAGCAAAGUCAAAGCCACCAGCAGCAGCAGCAUCAAAAUCAAAUGGAAAGACAACAGCACCAGCAGCAGCAGCAACUACAGAGUCCACUGAAGUAAGUGGAAAGAGAGCAAGAAAACCAGUUACUAAAUACGAAGAUGAAGCAACAUCCAAUGGUUCCACCACUACUACUACCACCAGCACUACAAAUAGCAAGGCAAAGGCAAAACCAGCAGCCACUAGCAAUAAGAGAAAAGCAAAGGAAGAAGAUGAGACAGACGAGGAGGACGACGACGAAGACGAGCAAUCAAGCUCCAAUGGCAGCGGCGCCUCUGGAAAGCUAAAUUCAUUCGGUGGAUACAGAGAUAAAGACGGUAAAUAUAUAUCGCCACCAGUCAGCAAGAUCGUAAAGGGUGUCACCAAAGAUCAGCUACAUGACUUUUUUAACUUGGAGCCACUCCAAGAAUUUUGUAAAAUGAACGACAUCACAUACUCUUCCUACAAGAAAUCACAGUUGACCAAGGUUAUUGCCGACUUUUUAGAGACCGGAGAGAGACCGCUCAGCAAGAAGGAGAAACUAGCAAAGAAAGCCGCUCUCAAAAAACAAAAGACCUCAAAAUCAUCGAAAUCAACAAAUACCAAGACUUCAGCAGCAGCAGCAGCAGCAGCAUCAUCGACCACCUCUACCUCUCCCUCCACAACCACUACACCAGCAGCAGCAUCAACAACCACCACAACCACAACAACAGCAGAACCAUGA